AUGGGUACGCGGAGCUCUCGAUCGCACUCCCAAUGCGGUAGUCUGUCCGGGGCCUCACUAUCCAGUUUGCGCAAUCCAAGUCAGUUGAGUUUGGAAGCGGCUGCGCGAGCAGCGGCUGCAGCGGCUGUCGCGUCUGUGAUGCGCAACAUGAAUGUGAAUUUACUCAUGCAACAUGCCGCGUCAUCGACGAAUCUGGUCAAUCCGUACACACUACGGCGUCCCUCGUCCCGCGCGGCUUCGGUGACCGGACCGGCCAGCUCGAUGCAUGUGCAAAAAAUAGGUAACGGAAGCGGAGAUGGGGAGAGUUUGCAUUCGGCCGCUUUCGGAUCACGAUAUAUGGGUCAUCCCGGUAGCUCAACAGGAGAGAUCACACCGACGGCCAGUCUGAAUCAUUUCGAUCCAAAUAGCACCGCUCACGGAAACCAACAACUUACAGUGCCCACCUUACAACAGGCUCAAAUGGCUCAACGUUUUCAUCAGCAGAUGCGAAACGAUCCACGCCAAGCGGGUACCAAAUUGCAACGACCGACCAUGUGGCAUCAAUUUCACGGUAUUCCUCCCUUGGAUACAAAUUCGUCUAAGGGAUCCUCGGAAUUACAUAAGGCUCAUAGCCCAUCCUCAUCGACCAGUGAUCGGGGACAAAACUCUUUACACCUCUCCCAUCCACAAUCUCCCAGCUCACCACCGUCGGGUAUGUAUGGCUUUCUGGGGCAGCAUCAACCACCGCAUACGCUAAUUCAACCAGUUGCUGGCUUCCGUGUCCCACCGCAAACCACACUCAAUCAGUAUCAGCUACACCAGCUUCAACAACUUCAACUCCAACAUCAAAGACAACAAAUGCUUCAUGCCCAACAGCAGCAGCAACAACAACAGCAGCAGCAGCAGCAACAACAACAGCAACAACAACAACAGCAACAGUCUCAGAAUGCAGCCAACUACCAGGCUCGACCGUUUGGAACACAGAUCCAGACGCCGGCAAUCGUCACUUCACCACCACCAUCGGGGCCACCGCCGUUACCACCAAUGUCUCAUACACCUUCAUCAACAGCAGGCACGGAAUCCCAUACCCAGUCUAUUAUCCAAUCGACCAAUGGGAAAACAGUCGGGACGACCGAGCAAGUGACUGUGCAUAGAACAAACGAUCAAACCGCUCACUCACCAAAUACAACAAUACGGACUAGUCCGUUGAAGUCAGUGAACAGUCCGGGACCGGCAGAAAGUCGUGGAGUCGGGGAAGGUCAGAUGGAAGAGAGUAUGUUCCUGGUCCGAGAUGAUCCGGUUACUAUGGAUACACAAACAUCCGCCACAAUACGUUCGACCACGAAUACCACAUCAGGGACAAAUACUAGUGAGGACAAUACUGUCGACGAAAGUUCUUCAACCACACCAAUUCCGAACCGAAGACAUCCGGAUGAACUAUUAAAUCAUCACGGUACCGACAGUUCAGAUUUAGACGGAACUCUAAAAGCGUCCACUUUCGGCAUCCCACCGGCACGUCAACCGCCCAUGGGAGCCGCUUCUUAUCAAUCGAUUGGAAACGGUUGUCUUGUCCCGGAAAACGAACUAGGCAGAGAGUCGGAAACAGGUCCUAUACACACAACUCAAAACAAUACUGCUUCGUUCCGUCAACAACAACAACAGCAACAACAACCUCGCUUGGGAGUUCAAUCAACUUUGCUGGCUAAUCGGUCGGCUGAUCGAAUUCCAACGGCGACGGCAGAUACAGCUGGGAAAAUAUCAGGCACAAACGAGGACCAUAUGUUUAUACAAGCAAAACUAGUCCAGCAGAAUGGUAAUAGUUCCCAACAAAAUGCCACAAACAAGGCGACUACAUGUGUUGAGAAUUCACAAUAG